UGGGGUAUUGCGCAUGCGCGUUGCGGUUGAGCCCCUUUCUUGAGGUUGUCUUCUGUGAUCCAUUCCUACAGAAUUCCAACAUUUUGAACGCUAUUCUCCAACUGUGGCUGUCAUUUUUAUUUUGUGCAUUAGAUAGGACUUUGCAAACGGCGCUGACCAUCGAUAGAAGUUGUCAGACAGGUACAAAUUGCCCUGGGCGUCGACUGUCCAUUGGGCAUCCAUUCAUCCUUUCACCGGCUGCUGAGCGUUCCAGUCUUACGAGCUAGCGUUAGCCGAGAGGCAGGUGACCACAGGAGCGAUACUCAAAAUGUCAGGUUACCAAGGAAAAAAGAACAUUCCUCGAAUCACCAGUGACCGACUCCUCGUAAAAGGAGCAAAGAUCGUGAAUGAUGAUCAGUCCUUCAUGGCUGAUAUCUACAUGGAGGACGGAGUCAUCAAGCAAAUCGGUGACAACCUAAUUGUCCCCGGGGGAGUUAAGAUUAUAGAGGCUCAUGGGAGAAUGGUGAUGCCUGGAGGCAUUGACGUGCACACCCGAUUCCAGAUGUCUGACCGCGGCAUGGUGGCAGCAGAUGACUUCUACCAGGGCACCAGGGCAGCUCUGGCGGGGGGCACCACCAUGAUCAUUGACCACGUGGUGCCGGACCCUGGCAUCGGCUUGGUUGCAGCUUUCAAGCAGUGGAGAGAAUUGGCUGGCAGCAAAUCCUGUUGUGACUACUCUCUCCAUGUGGACCUCACUGACUGGAAAAAAGGCACUCAAGAGGAGAUGGACACCUUGGUGAAGGAACAUGGUGUCAACUCUUUCCUGGUCUAUUUGGCUUAUAAGGAUGUUUUCCAACUUUCUGACUCUCAGAUUUAUGAGGUUUUCAGCGUUAUCAGAGACCUUGGUGCCAUCGCUCAAGUGCAUGCCGAGAAUGGCGACAUCAUUGCUGAGGAACAGCGACGCAUACUCGAGCUGGGUAUAACUGGCCCAGAAGGUCAUGUCCUUAGUCGCCCAGAAGAGGUGGAAGCAGAAGCAGUCAAUCGCUCCAUCACCAUAGCCAAUCAGACAAAUUGUCCAGUCUACAUCACCAAGGUGAUGAGCAAGAGUGCUGCAGAUGUCAUCGCUCUGGCCAGGAAAAAGGGUUCUGUGGUUUUCGGUGAGCCCAUCUCGGCCAGCUUGGGCACUGACGGCACCCAUUACUGGAGCAAGAACUGGGCCAAGGCUGCGACCUACGUCACCUCGCCACCACUCAGUCCUGAUCCAACCACCCCCGAUUACCUCAGCUCUCUGUUGUCAUGUGGGGACCUCCAGGUGACAGGUAGCGCUCACUGCACUUUCCAGACCUCCCAGCGUGCAGUAGGCAAAGAUAAUUUCACUUUAAUCCCAGAGGGCACCAAUGGCACUGAAGAGAGGAUGUCCCUAAUCUGGGACAAAUGUGUGGUGACUGGUAAAAUGGAUGAGAAUCAGUUUGUGGCAGUGACCAGCACAAACGCGGCCAAGAUCUUCAACCUCUUUCCUCGCAAGGGCCGCAUUGCUGUGGGCUCUGACGCUGACCUUGUCUUGUGGGACCCGGAUGUCACCAAGAUCAUCUCAGCCAAGAACCACAACUUGGCUGUAGAGUACAACAUCUUUGAGGGAACAGAGGUGCGCGGAGGUCCUCUGGUGGUGAUCAGCCAAGGUAAAGUUGUGCUGGAAGACGGCAGCCUUCACACGACAGAGGGCUGUGGGCGCUACAUCAGCCGGAAAGCCUUUCCAGACCACGUGUACAAGAAGAUAAAGGCUCGCAGCAGGUUGACAGAGUUGCGCGGAGUCCCUCGGGGCCAGUAUGAUGGGCCGGUGUGUGAGGUGAUCCUUACUCCCAAGGUUCUGUCCUCAGUGUCUGCAGUGAAGACCUCUCCUACCAAGCAGCAACAGCAGCAACAAUUUAUUCAGCAGCCAGUGCGCAACCUUCACCAGUCUGGCUUCAGUCUGUCAGGUGCCCAAAUUGACGACAACGUUCCACGCCGUAACACCCAACGUAUCGUGGCUCCCCCUGGAGGAAAAGCCAACAUCACCAGCCUCGGCUAAGCUGUUUUAGAACUGCACCAUGUGGUGCAGGGAGGCAUGGUACUGGCGGCCCGUCACUACUUGCUUGCCAUGCACAACAAUCUUCCAUCGUCACUCACUGUUAUGUUGUAUUUAACAUGAAGGAAAGCACUACUUUUUUAACCUAAUCUGAGAGAUUCAAGGGACUUGAAAUUGUUGCUAGAUGUUUACGUUUUUACUUUGUCCUCUGGGUUUCGGAACACGAGUCCAUCUUUAAAACAUUGGGCAUUUUAGGAUCGGCAGUUUUUCCUUAAACUAGACCCCAGUGUCAAUUUUCAAUCAUUGUUGCAUUAUCCCAUUCCUGUUCUUGUUCAAAAGUCAAUUUUUAAUCACUGGAAAACUGGACUGUUGAUUUUUUUUUUCUGCCAUUUAAUGUUGCUGCUCAGCUCGGUCUUCCUUUUGUGUUAUAGUUGUACUGUCCCUUUUUAAAUAGUUUUGCUUUGUCUUAGAUCACAUUAAUCAGUAAUACAAUGAAUGAAUACACUGAAAGGUAAAGAAAUUGUAUUGACGACUUUUCAAUUUCAUCCUGUAUUUGGAAGGCACACACAUUUUACAAACCUUUCCUUCUCACUUCUUUGUGUUAAUCGUUUGCCUCCCCGACCUUGUUGUGAUAUGUUUGCUGAACACUUUUGAGGAUACAGACACACUGCAAGGUUCAGAGGGGAGGUUUGCUCUCUGCCAUCUGGUGCUACAUGAGCAAUGCUACAGUGUGUAUGUGCGGUUGAUGUUAACCUUUUCUGCAUCCAUCAUUCGACAAUUGUCCCAGGGACCGAUUUAGCCACUUUAUGAGACAAAUUUGUUUUGCACCUGUACUAUCCAAAUAAUGCACAUGUAUGUGAGCUUGCACGUUUUUUUGCGGGGGAGGUUUCUGUUUUUUGGUUAUACGUUCAAUUCAAAUAGUCCCCCGCUUGUUCUUGUUGUUAAGAUAUUGAUAGCCACACUGUGUCUAUGAAGGCUCUUGAAACAAGUGAUCGUUGAGACCUGAUGAAACAUUGCAACAUGGAUUAUGUAUUUAGGAGAACCGUUACCACGUGCUGAUCGUGUCCACUUCUCUCUGUGUUUGUGUUGUGAACCAAGUACCACAAAUCCUGUUCUCCCUUCUCCCUUGCUUAUUGCCACUAGUUGGAGCUGGAGCCACAGCAAGUGGCCAGUAAAUUGUAGAUACACUAAGUCCAUCCAUUGCCUUGUCAAGCGUACACCUCUUCAUACCAAUGUCAAGUGAAUGACAUUAUUUUGGCAAAGUUCUUCAGAGUAGUUAGUGAGCUCUUAACGUGCAGCGCUGGUGUUGUCCACUUCGUGUGAUAUUCAAUCAUGUCUAUCUUGUAGGAAGUUUUGACGCGGCACAAAUCAAUGUUCUUUUCUGCAUCUAACCUGACCUGUGUUGACUUCAGUGGCGUAAAAUAUAAAUAAAACAUUUGUUACUGGCACCUUU